AUGGUUAAUUUCCACCAGCUCGCCUGCGCACUCACUACAAUAUCAUUGAUUACAAUUUCAUUGAUUAUCAUACAAUAUCAUGAAGCAGGCUUGGUCCCCUUCUCAUGUACAACCGCAUCAUCAACGACACCGACCGCCUGUAUUUCUCAAGCAGUAGAAGUACUGGACCGACUGGGACGUCGACUGGCGGAGCUGGAGGCCGAGGUUGCAUAUUUCGGCAUCUGCCUCCGAAAAAGGUUCGUGGACCCAGCUGCAUUCAAACAUCUGUCAGCGUCGGGGGGCCAUUGGAGCGGCAAGAAGAGGAUCCUCAAGGCGUACAGAGAAGCCUCAAGUCACCGGAUCAAAGAAAUACGCAGCGCUUCCGAAAGACUUUGGGAGCUCCUGGUGGGAGGUGAUUUCAAGCGGCACAGGGACUACAUCAUUUGGAACAGCAUCAGGAGGACAGUUUUCAACCGUAUGUGGUAUGUCAAACGAAGGCAUGUUCUGGAUAGCAUUAAGAUGAAAUCUCAGGAGGGAAGGGAUAGAGACUCACGGGUUUUUAGUUUUUUUGAUCGGAUGUGUGGAGGUUCUGUUAUCAAUCCGGGUGGCGUAAUGUUAUCAAGGAAGACGCAAGCAGUGUUGGAAAACGGACCGAAGUUUUGUAUUGAUGUAAAACCGUCAAGGGUGGAUGUAUUUUCUUCUAUACAGUCGGUUGCAAGAAUAGUCAGGCAUGAGGAAAGAGCGGCGUUUAUUGAACAGGCUGUUGGCAGAAUGGAAAACGUAAUGGGCAUUGGAUACCCAAAUGAGAAAAGGGAUUUUCGUGUCGUCAGUUCGGUUAGAAAGGAGUUAGAGGAUCGGUCAUUACAAUUGCUACAAACGGAUAAAUCCGGUAGAUUCGCGGUUCUUUCAAAAUCGUCAUUUCAAACGAAAACGGGUGAAGCGAUGGAAUCCUUGUUUCAAGAAUGGGGUGGAAACAUCGGAAAGUUAAAGAAAAAUAUAGUUUCAAUUUUAGAGGAAGACGAAUUUAAGGACGUAGCAAAGACCAUGGUAAAUCUGUCGAAAUCAGCGUUGAGCGUAAAGUUCUUCAUUAAGGAUCAUAAACCGGAGAUGCGACUUAGAGUGGUGAUCAAUGAGAAUGGCACUUGGCAGAAGGUAGUUUCCGUGUUUCUUCAAAAAGGUUUAAAUCAUGCAAUUCUAGAUAAGUCUUUGUCACUGAGAAAUUCGAGUGAGUUGAUCACGGUACUCGAAGGUCAUCAUGGAAAGGAAGGAGAUAUGUUGUCAAUGGACAUCAAGGAUCUUUAUUACUCAUUAGAGAAGAGUCGUCUGUUGGAAAGGGUAAAAGGGGUGCUUGAAAUGAAUUUGGUAAGGUUCCAAUCGUGGUCAGGCAUAUCGGUGGACAGUUUUCUUGCCGUUCUUGAUUAUUACUUGCAGUCAACAAUAGUAGAGUAUCAAGGAAAAAAGUAUUUACAGAAAGAGGGAGUAUGCAUUGGGUCGAGUGUAGCACCGGCGUUAGCGGAAAUUUACCUAAAUUCUUUGGAUUGCAUUGUAUCUGAUAAGUUGCAAGAACUGACGUCCGAAUCCUGUUUUGUAAAAAGAUAUGUCGAUGACAUUUUGAUCUGUUCUUUUCGGGAGGGAUUGUCUGACACUCUGGAAGCAUUGAUCAGAUCGGCUGCCCCGGAACUGAGGUUUACAGUCGAACGACCCAUGAAUGGUAAACUGCAGUUUUUAGAGCUUAUGAUUCACAAUGAAAAAGGGCUAUGUUGGGAAUAUGGAAAAGAAAACGCAAAACCGCUGCUAUCAAAAAACAGUUGCCAUUCAAAAACAGUCAAGGCAGGUAUUGUCAGGUCUUUAAUCACAAAUGCAAUGGACAGAUCAUGUACUCAUUUCUUGGCUGAAUCAGUGAAAAGGCAGUGGAGAAGGCUAAACAGUGCUGGUUAUCAGGAUGAAUUCGUAGGGAAACAGUUAUCCGUAAAAUUCGCAGACAAAUGUAGAGCAGAACAAAAGCAAAGGCCAAAACAUAGAACUACUGUAAUUCCGUACUAUCACAAAAUUUCUCACAACUUGAAGGCUUGUGCAAAAAAGUUCGAUGUUGAUCUGGUUUUUAGUUCCGACUAUAAAUUGAGUAAGCUCACGCCCUUCCACAAGAGUGUAAGGGAAUGCACAAAAAUGCAUCGAGAAAAGUCUAUUCCGUGUGAUAAUGGAGUGGUAUACGAAAUUCCCCUAGAAUGUGGUUUUAAGUAUGUGGGUCAAACGUCGAGGUGUAUAAAUGAUAGAUUGACUGAACACAAAAGAAAUGUAAAAAACAACGCGACUGAUUCGGAAAUAGCGAAACAUGUUCAAGAAUGUAAUAAUUGUAUACCACGCUGGUCCGAAACAGAAAUAAUACACAGGGAAGUAAACGACAUCAAAAGGGUUGUAAAGGAAACAAUAAGAAUGAAAUCAAUGGGCAACUGCAUUAGUCAAGUGUCGUUACAGCUUAGCAGCAGUGCAAAAACCUUCUUGCGGAUUUGA